AGUCAGCGAUUAUUAUGCUUUUCUGUUGAAUAACCUAACGCUUCCAUGACGCAAAAAGCGCUGUUUCUCUGGUAUUUUCAAAGGCUCAUAAAAGAUACUGAUAUAAAAAGAGAUAAAACUCUUUUGGUAUGUCACGUGCUGAAUAAUUAGUUGGAAUUAGUUGGGGGAAAAAAGAAAGAAAAGAAAAGGGAUAAAAGAAAAAACAAUGCGUGAUUUGUACCUAAUGCGCAGAAAAGUUUUUGAAUCAGAACACAUAAAAAUGCUUUUGAUUUGAAACACAAAAUUCAUUAAUUCGGAAAGUGACAAAAUUAUUAUUCGCAAAGAGCCAAAAUGCUUUUGCUGUGGAAUGUGCUAAAAUAGCUACUGCUGAUGUUGAAAAGCGCCGUGAAUUGUUUUGAAGCGCGCUAAAAAUGGUACUGAUUUGGAACGUGCCACUGAUGAUGCCCAAACAUGCUGUGUGACUCAGGCUUGGAGACACACAGUCCUGAUUCACUGAGCAGGUUCAUUCAUAUUGCAGUAGGGCAGAGCAGAUGGCAGUGAGGCGGUGCAGAGACUCUUUUAUAAUAACAAAGAAGGACUGUCUUUGAUAGUACAGUCAAAACAGACUACACAUGUUCCAAAUGAAUGAACCGGAUAGUGGAGCAAAUUCAAACCUGCACGCAGCUGACGACAGACGGGAACUUCUAAUGGAAAUAUAACCACAUUAUUCACACUCUAAAGCCCUGCAAAUACAUUAUCUGGCUUUAUUGACAGAUAAUUCAAUACUGUUUCUCACUCUGACGGGUUUGAAGGUGUUUUAUCUGACUGUACUCCGUGCGAAGACAACAUGAAGGUGAAAUCUAGAGAUGAGAGUUUGAAUACUACUGGAGAAUGUGACGGAUCCAAUGACCUGCUGACGGGUAACCCUCCCUCAGGCCAGAGCAAAAAGAACAUGAAACAGCGCUUCCUAAAGCUUCUGCCCUGCUGUCAUGUGGACUCCACCCCAGCUGUCAGGCAAAACAGUAUUGAGGAGGAUUUUGAGCUUGCUACCGUGUGCUACAGGCCGGAUAGUCUGGAUAAACUGAUGGAACAGACCAAGUUCACCAGAACAGAGCUAAAAAUCCUCUACAGAAGUUUCAAAAGUGAAUGUCCCACCGGAGUAGUAAAUGAAGAGACUUUUAAGUUAAUCUACUCUCACUUUUUUCCUCAUGGAGAUUCUAGUGCAUAUGCACAUUUCCUGUUUGAGGCUUUUGAUCGACGCAAGAACGGAUCAGUGAGUUUUGAGGACUUUGUGGUUGGCCUGUCAAUCAUUUUGCGUGGUACCGUCACCGAUAGACUGUGCUGGGCCUUUAAUUUGUAUGAUCUCAAUAAAGAUGGCUGCAUCACUAAAGAGGAGAUGAAUGAUAUUAUGAAGUCCAUUUAUGAUAUGAUGGGGAAGUAUACGCAUCCGUGUAUGAAGGACAGUGCAUCUAGUGAACAUGUCGAAAGUUUCUUCCAGAAAAUGGAUCGCAACAAUGAUGGUGUCGUCACAAUGGAGGAAUUCCUGGAAUCUUGUCAAACGGAUGAGGCCAUCAUGGAGUCCAUGCAUAUGUUGGAUCAUGUAAUUUAGUGCUAUAUGAUGAUGGAAAAUAUUGCUGAACAGCAAGUUUUUGAUCUGUUGUGACAUCUGCUUGAUGACUUCCUCCAUCUUGUACCUACAAAAAAGACUGACAGUGAACACCUGAACAGAUGCAAUGUGAGCAUGCCACAUUAUUUCACACCCUGAGGAUAAAAUUAUGUCUUUUAAAGAUCAGCUGUUAUAUGCCACUGUCUUUGCAUUUUAUAUAUUCAUUUUAAAUAUGUUGUGAUGAAAUAUUUUAAGAUAGUUCAACAUAAAAGGCACUUAAAAUGGGAAUCUUUCAGUUUUUAAUUUGUCUGUCAAUUGUAUUUUUUAAGUGCACUAACAACAUAUAUCAUGUUACAAUUAUGUUUCCAGAAUGUAUGAAAAUCCUAUAAGCACAACCUACAAAAAAUAUUAAUGUCAGAUGUUAUUAAUUCAGUUGUGUUGUAAUACAUUACUUAAGAUUAUUAUAUACAUGCACAGCAAUUUACAAUUAAUAUCACUUAAGGGAAAGAUGGUGGAAUUAUAAACUAUGCAAAAGUGGGACAGUUUUUGGUAGAUUUGCAAUGGAAUACUGAUAAAUAUUUUACAUUCUCAUUAAUGCAUUUAUAUUUAUUCAUUUAUUCCAUGUUUAUUUCUGGUGAUAAGACUUUUGAACACAUGCAUUGAUUACACUACUUUAAAACAGCAAUUUUACAAUUGCUAUUAUUAUUAUUAUUUUUGUUACUUUUCUUUUAAUUAACCAUGCAAUCAUAUAUAGACUACCAAAAAUGUAUAGUAGAUGCUGUAUAUUCCAUGUGGAUAUUUUUUUGUUGUUGCUAAAAUCAGAUGUUUAAACUUUUGGAAUGUGUGAUGGUUGACCCUUUCCAGUUUUAUUUAUUUAUUUUUAAUUUUAAAUAAACUUAUGAUUGCUAUGCA